AUAAGGUACAUCAUGUGCCCUUAGGAGACAGAUGUUAGGCUACUUGUUGGUCCGUUCCAGUGCUUAUGUAGCCUACCUUGUGCAGAGCCCUGCCCUGAGACCAGCUGCUCUGGAAAUCUUUACCCUGCGGUAAUUCCGCGUUCACCUCCGACCAAACACCUCCCUGUCUCGGCUGACUCUUGCCAAAACUUUUACAGCCUCCUCAAGUAGCGUAAGUAAAUCAAUUUUUUUUUUUUUUUUUUUUUUUUAAGUAGCACUAAUGGGAGAAAUGACGGAGCAAAAGAACUUGUCUGAAGUUAUUAGUCAGAUAUUUAAAGAAGUGCCAGCUGCCAGGAGGGAUCUUGUUGAUAACCACAGUAACCUCCUCCGCGUCGCAGAUUACUGCGAGAACAAUUUUCUUCAGGCAGAGGAUUCAAGCAAGGCUGUUGAAGAAGCUAAGGGUUUGGCUGCCCAGGCGCUGGCUAAUGUGGCCUACCAGAUCAACAGUCUGGCCAGCACCCUGCUGAGGCUGCUGGACUCACAGGCCAUGCAGAUCAAAGAUAUGGAGUCUUCAGUCAACCUGCUGUCACUGGAUGCAGAUAUCCACAUCGAGACAGUAGCCAGGAGAGAAAUCGGUGCUUUUACUACUCCCAAAAACAGGAGCCGCUCCAAUCCAAUGAGCCCACCGACUUCAGGCAAGGAGCCGGAGAGAAGCUACUUAAGAGAGCCGAUAUCAUUCUACAUCUUGGACUCCAUUGGACUCCGUUUUGGGGUCGCUGUGCAGCCGCCUGAAAAGAGAGCAGACACCACAGAGAGCAUACAGAACAGUGCUGACUUCUCUGUAUCCCGUCUUGGCAUCGCCGUGCCUCCGCCAUCAAUCCCCACCCUGCGAACCGUCCACCCCAACCCCACCAACGACAGCCUGCCCCCCCCUUCUCCUCCUCCGGCCGAUUUGGACCCCAAUAUGCCCGCUCCUUCUCCUCCUCCACCCCCACCUCCCUCUUCCUCCAUGGACACUGGCUUCCCCCCUCCUCCGCCCUCCUUCACCUCACCCACAACUCUCUCCCCACCUCCCCCUCCUCCGCCCUCCUUCACCUCACCCACAUCUCUCUCCCCACCUCCCCAUCCUCCGCCCUCCUUCAACUCACCCACAUCUCUCCCCCCACCUCCCCCUCCGCCGCCAAUCUCUCCAUGUAAUGGUCCCUACCCGCCUCCACCUCCACCUCCUCCUGUAGCAGGAGGGGCCCCUUUUCUUCCUCCACCUCCUCCAGUAUCAGGAGCUGCACCCUCCCCUCCUCCUCCUCCUCCUCCUCCUCCUCCACCCCCUCACACCGGCACCUCUCGAAUUGUGCCCCCACCACCUCCUCCCCCUCCCCCUUUUCUCCACUAAUGAACAUUAUGUUAUUGGAUUUGUUUUUUGUAAAACUCGCAGGUAUGCUGGGUUUUGCCAUUAGAUGUGUAAAACAUGUGCAGCUUAUAGGAAAUGUAAUUUAACGCCUUGUUGUGAGAUCAACGUUAAGCAUCAAUAAAAAGCUUGAAGAAGUGUGUGUAGUGGUUUAACCUUAAGCUGUUUCAUGUGUGUCGAAUGGCACAAUGUGAGACUCAAAUGAUAUUUUUUUCCUGGGACAGAAAAAAAUCCUCCUGUGAAGUGAGACAUUGUGCUGCAGUAAAGAUACCUCCAACAUGUUUCAACAACACCUUGGCUGCAUUCCUAAGAAACAAGCUGGAACAGAGACUGUUGUGUUUUCCUCUAAUGUAUUUUCCCUUCCUUAUGGCCUUGUGUUGUUUAUCACAAUGUAUCUUAAUCAGAGUCACCUUCCCAGCCAGGGACCUUUGGCCCGACACUGUCAUUCUACUGUGUUAUGAGAGCAGUGUCCACGAUAAGUUGUUUACAUUAGUGGCUGUAACCUCGGUGAGUUCUGCUACUUUAAACAGGUCAAUGAGACUAUAAAAAUGUCUGUUGCUCUACUUAACCUGCACUACAUGGCGUGUACUUGAAGGUGUGAAACCUGAUUUAGAAAAUAGAACUGCCAUGGUCAUUUAUUAUCCUACGAUUGAGAUUCCCACGUUGUGCGGUGGCAUCAUUCUGUGGGUUUUUUGUUGCCAUUAUGCAAAGAAGCGCAGAGAAGCAGAAGGCUGGCCCCAGAGGCCCACUAACAUUUCAUCCGUGUACGUCAUCCCCAUAUAUGAGGAGGAUCGGGUGGAAGAAGAAGACGAGGAACUGAUGGACAUAUAUGAUGCAUAUUUUCAACCUCCUUACAGAGCCCCUCCUGUGUACUGCUCAGGAAAUGUCAGUCCACCUCCUCCAUACAAGCUUGAACCACCAUCCUAUCCAGAACCCCCACCAUCAAACACAGACCCCCCACCUUACUCAGAGCGACCCUGAUCCUGCGCCUCUUCAAACACCCUCUACCCUCCUGAACAUACUGUACUUUUUCUCAUAGGGCAGGUAUCUGGAAUCAAAUAAGUGUCAAUAAGAUUUUGACAUUGUGAAAUGAUGUUCAGAAAUGAUUUCAAAACAUGUGGUUGUAAAUUAGCUUUCGUAAUACCUGUCUGCUGGGAAAUUAAAGAUUGUGCAAGCGUAGGAAAUUAUUUGAUGAAUGAUGAUUUUCAGUAGUCUAGAAAUCUAUUCGCACCCUAGCGGCAGCAAAUGUAAUUUGCAGCCAACAUCUUGAUGUGGGUCUGGCUUGUCAGGCUAGAUUUUCAGCCCUGUUUUUACAGCUGAAAUCAGAGCCAAUGUUAAUGAUUUUGCAAUUUACUUUCUGCAUUGAAUCUGUACCCACAAGUUGAAACAUUUGUGUAACUUCACAGUUUAUAUUUCUCAAAAGGUCUUUAAUUUCUUUAGUUUUGUGACAGUGAACAUUUUUGGAACAUUAUUUCCCAAGCUCUAAAUCUUUUUGUCCCUUAUUUGAGCCCAUACAGGUUACAAUAACUUUAGUGCAUGUAUGUGGUUUUAUGUUUCAAUUGGGACAACUGUGUAUAGGAUUAAUCUACCUGUAAACAAUCCACUGUGUGGAAAGGAAUAUCUCUAUUUGACGAUACAACUAGUGAAGUUUCAAAGAGCACCCAGUUAAAACAUAUGUACAGUAUGUUUUGAUAAAAAAAAGGUAAAAUAUUUUAGUAAGGGCACUAAUUGUUUACAUGUUUUAAUAAUACUGUGGUUACUUUUUAACAUAUGUAAUUUACAAAAUAAAGUAAUUUAUACUCACAACUAAAAUAAAUAUGGAAAAGUGUAAUCAAGCUUAAACUUUGCCCAAAAAAGUGUCAUGUUUUUUUUUCGAAAAGCAAAGUAGAAAGAUGGGUUACAGACAUUAUUAUUUAGGGGAGAUGUAAAAUUAUUUGUUGGUUAUUAUGACACAGUUUGUACACCGUAGGUAGAAACAGAAUAAGAGUGGUCUAAUAAUUAACCCCUGAGGAAUGCUGUGGUUCAUGGUUUCCUGUCGUGUGAGUUAAAAAAGAUUCAUUCAUGUUUUUUUUCAACAUACACGAGAAAUACGCAAGAGACAAAGCACACCUCCAAGUCCUGUGUCUUUAAAAAAGACAUUAAUGUUGUAAAAGCUCUUCAGGUUAUGCCCUUCCCUAAGUAACACAUUAUCCUUUGAUAGCAACCCUGAGGGCUGGACAGUUUCUGUACAGUAUGUUUUGGAUUAUUUGAUAAGGUAAGGACUCAUCCCACUGUACUAUAAUGAUCCAGUUAUCUUCUAAUUAUGUGUCAUUAAGGUAACGUAUGUUAGAAUUGUGUGAAUUCAAUUUAUUUUCCGUUACAGUUGUAGUGAGCAAAAUAUUUAUAGGAUGAAGGUCCACUGUCAAUUGUUAAACUCAGACAGCAUAAAGUCAAACAGUGUGCUGGUCAUUCAUGGUAAUUGUUAUGCUCCUAACGUCUUGAUUUAACCUUUCCAGUUGUACAAUGCUGAGCAGUCAAGUUAAGUUCAAAGGGUUUGAAAGUGGCAUUAUCAUUGCAGGGUCACUAAGGGUCACACAAUCCUACAAUUGGACUGUUAGUCUCAUAUAAUUGUUCCAGUGGGCUUGAAGAUGUAAAGACAUAUCAGAUCCUGUGAUGACAGCUUACACCCACUAGUUGAUUUUUGUCAGUAUGACUGCUUGUAUUAUUCUUUUACUCUGUACAGUAUUACAUUUCUUACUAAAAGUGUUUUUCCACAACUACAAAACUAACGUAAUACACAAUCAAACACAUUAUAUUUCAGAACAGAAUAUGGAUGCAAAUUAAAUGUAGUGAUCAGUGUACAUUAUUCUCAUUUCAAAGAUUUGUCACACUGUCAAUGGAAGGCCUUAUUUCACAGUUACAUUGUUGAUUUUGUCCCUCACAGUAGUGUCUGCAGGUUGACAUAAUUCCAGCCAUGACUGGGGUAGUAAAUAUCUUUCAAUAUCUGUAAGUAGUCAA